GCAGGUUCCGCUCGCCUCCUGCUCGCUCGUCAGCGCACUUUGAUCUGUUUAAGGAAACACUUAGCGCUGGUUUAAACGUGUCAUAAACACCAUAUUUCCUAACGCCUGGUUCUCUGAAAAAAUGGGAUGAACAAUAGAGUGAAAUAUGUACAAUCGAAAUAGAAAAGAAGAAAACCAAGACGAACUGAACGCAAAACUGGAGUAGAAAAGUAAACUAAAACAUGAUUGCUAAAACGAUUUCUCGUGGAAAAUGUAUCUUGCUUGAACUCUGAGAAAGGGAGAAGGUUUUCACUCUUAAGGACUGAGUGCUAUUUCUGUCUGUCGCUGAGUGUGGUAGAGAAAGAGAAAGACGUAGAGAGAAAGAUAAAGGGAAAAUAUAACCACAGGAAGAGAAGGACAAAUCGAAAACUUCGAACGGACGAAGGAGGAAAAGCCUAAUUUUCGUCUUCUCUUUCAUCUCCCAAACGAAUUCAUACGAAUCGUGCAGAUUGAAAAUUAAAAAAAAAAAAGGUUAAAAAAAGAAAAGAAAACAGAAUCGGAAAUGGAAAGAAAUUAAUCAAAGGUGAAUCUUAAAAAAAAUAUAUGACUUAGAGAGUAAAAUAAGUUCGAAGCAGACAAGAAAAGUUGGAAUCUCGGGUCCCAAAGUUGAGACAAACGACUGAACGACGACCCGCUCGCGGCUGCACGGUAUAUGGACAGACGUGUUUCAUUUCAAUUCCCUUUGUUUUAUUUCCUGAUUUUAGAGACUGAUUCGAAAACAGAAAUAUAAAUGUUGUAGAAAGACAGACAUAAAGCAGAUUAAGGGAAAAAAAGAACAAAAGAGGGAUAUAAAGAAGAUAGAACAUAAUAGGUUAAGGAAUUUUGAAAAAAAAAUAACAGUCAAAUAAAAUAAUCCAAGGACAAUAAAGAUAUAGACAGGGAUAAAGCAAACAAUAGAUAAAAGGAGAAAAAGAAGAAGAAGAAGAAAAACAGUACAUGAAAACAAACUAAGGACAAUAAAGAUUGAAAAAAAAAGAAUAAGCCAAAUAAUAGAGAAAAGAAAGAGAGAAAGAAAGAAAGAAAGAAAACUACAGUAAAAAAGACAGAAAGAAAAGAAAAAAAAGUCUACGAAAAGACCCGUUCCUCUCACACACUCAGGAAAGAAAGAGGAUGUCCCGCAUUUUGCUUUUACUGGCUGUCACCGCCGCUCUCUGCCACCACGUUGGCGUGAACGCUCGGCGCCACGACGGUCACACAAAACACAGACGAAGGGAGCUUAUCAUGGGCUUACGAGGAGAGACCGUGGACGAGAUCACACCAGACCAGCAAAACAAUACCGAAGUAAUAGCACAGGUUGGAGGAACAGCGUCCAUUAAGUGCUACACACACCAUCUCGGAGAUGAUAUGGUGUCCUGGCUUAAGAGAGACGAGGACCACAUCUUGACGGCUGGAGGACAAGUGUAUUCCUCGGAGUCAAGAUAUUCAGUGUCACAUGUACGGCAUCAGAAGCUGUGGGAACUGUCUCUAAGAGAUGUUCGCUUGACUGACGCCGGUCUAUACGAAUGUCAGCUGACAACUCAUCCGCCGACCUCACUAUUUUUCACUCUCAAGGUUGUAGAGGCCCGCGCCGUGAUCCAGGGCGCCCCCGAGGUGCACGUGCAGACCGGCGUGCGUCUGCGGCUCCACUGCUCCGUGGAACAGGCCACCGAACCGCCCAUCUACAUCUUCUGGUUCCACAACGGUAGCAUGAUCAACUACGCCCCCAGACGCCCCCUCAAGGUCAUGAAGCACAACUUCGGAAGUUCUCUCAUCAUCUCUAACGUGACUUGGGACGACGCCGGAUCCUAUCGCUGCGAGCCCCAUAUGGCUGAGCCGGCGAACCUCACUCUGCACGUCGUGGCAGGCAAGUGGCAUCGCGAUCUCGUUGACGCUCGCUUCCGCCGAAAUGAAGUUGAAAGAGAGAAGCAUGCAGCCCUGCACAACGGUCAGAAUGACGUCACCGGCGAGGAGACUGUUCCCACAUCAGGCUCCGCCCACCUCUUCAAUGCGCCGCUGCUGAUUGGCUACUUGACAUUGAUACUUGGCAAUUACUGCUUCCAAACGCUUAGCAGCCAUUGCCCAAGUUUCACCGAAGGACAAAGAAAACGAACGGUUAAAAUUACGCGUCUACACCGAAGACCUCAGCCACUCAGUGAUCCCUUUGAGGAGCCUCUGUGA